CUCCCAAGGCGUGUGUGUAGAUCCGCGUGGGUUAUCUCCCAUCAUGCCCGCUAAGUCCAGGUACGGCACCUCUUAACCCAUCCUUUUCGCGAUUUGCCCCGUCGCCGCCUUGCGGGGCGCAACAACCGUUGAGCCGCAAGGUGAAAUGGUUCGCGCCCGUCCUGCUAUAACCCUAUAUGAAUUCGUUCUUAUUAGUCGGGCACGUCCUCUGUUCGUAUUGCUGUUUCGACCUGUCGCUCGACAACUUUCCUCGCCACGCUGGUCGAAAUGGUGCGACGCCGGCAGCGACACGAUUGGCGUCCGCUGACGCUGCAUGAUAUCGGGUACAACAACCGCCGAAUCGACGUCGAGGUGUUCUUGAAUGGCAGCACCUUGACCAAAGUGCCUGCGUAUGGCAGCACUGACUGGGAGGAGAACUGGAUUGCGGCCCCAAUCGCACAGGCACUGAUCGGUUGUUACACCUUCGAGGAGGGGGCCAGUUUCGGCGAGCGAGGACGCAUCGAAUACACCAGGAGCCUUAACCUCACCAUCAUGAUCAACGGCAAGUCCGCGGAUGCGACAUUUCGAGUACUCGAGAACGCCGAAAACCGCGUGAAUGUCCCCAUGCUCGUCGGCGAGGCUACCAUCAGGGAGAUAUGGGGGGAGGCAUGGCCUCCCUCUCACCUUCCUCCGUCCCGUGCUCCUCCUCUUCCUCUUCCACUGAACACGCCUCCCGCUCCCGCGCCGCACCAGCCCGGCACCGACGUCCACACGGCCUGCUCCUCAGCUCCCGAGGUUUACGGACAGACGGCAGAGGCGCCCUUCGCUUACCCCCAGUUCCCCUCGGGGUAUUCGUACGAUUCCUUCGGAUUCUCCUCCGGCACUCCGUUCAACCCCGCCAUCGCCCAUCAGGGUUCGCUCCCCGUCAUGAGCACGCCAUGGCCUACCGGCGCUGGGUACGCCCUGGUAGACCUGACGGGCACCUCAGCCGCCGGUUUCUCCUCCGCACAACAAGCCGGCGGCAUUGCUACUCUCCUCGAUCAUGCCGAUAGGCAGCCCGUCGAGGGGGACUUCGAAAACCUCGCUGUGCUGCGCUGCAUACAAGCGCAUGAACCUGUCGUCAGAACACAACAAGACGCCGGCCCGUCAGCCUCCAAUGUCGUUUGGCCAUGACGCUGACCAUCCGCCCUCUCAGGAACGAGCACGAUGGCUAGCUGCGGGCAUGCUGUUUUGUAUUGGCUGGAAAGACCAGUCAGGUGAGACGCCCUUCCCGGUUUUUUUUCUUUU